GAGUGGCCAGAGGUUAUGUGUGUUGUGGUCAGUGGAAGACCCCCAGGGCCUGGAUCCUGCCUCGGCUGUUUUUGAAGACUGAGGGCUGAGUCAGGGGGUUUGUUGGUGUGGAUCAGACGUUUGCGGCUAGCAGGAGUCCACUUUUCCUCUCCAUUCAAGGGCAUUGUGGGGGGCCAGUCCAAGACCAGUCUUGCACUGAGGCCUGUCAGCAGAGCAGGCGGCCUCAUGGAUCCUCGAAGACGAGCAGCGCUUCACCACAGGGGAUGUAUAAGUUGACAAGGCCUGACCUCACAUAGCCAUGGGGGACUGGAAUCUGCUGGGAAAACUUCUAGAAAAAGCCCAGGAGCACUCCACUGUGGUGGGGAAGGUGUGGCUCACUGUCCUGUUCAUUUUCCGCAUUCUGAUCCUGAGUGCUGCGACAGAGAAGGUGUGGGGCGACGAGCAGUCAGGAUUCACCUGCGACACCAAACAGCCCGGUUGUGAAAAUGUGUGCUAUGACAUCACCUUCCCCAUCUCCCAUGUCAGGUUUUGGGUGCUGCAGAUCAUCUUUGUGUCCACACCAACGCUGAUCUACCUAGGACACAUCCUCCAUCUGGUGCGGAUGGAGGAAAAGCAAAAAGAAAAAGAAACGGAAAGGGAAAAAGACCAUGCACAUCAUUCGGAGAAGCAGGCUCUCAUCGGGGAUAAACACAAGAAGGCUUUAAUCCGAGACAAAAAGGGGCGAGUGCGCCUACAGGGGGAGCUCCUGCGCACAUAUGUCUUUAAUGUGAUCUUUAAGACCCUGUUUGAGGUGGGCUUCAUUGUAGCCCAGUACCUCUUGUAUGGCUUUGAGCUUAAGCCCAUGUACACCUGUGACAGGCCGCCCUGUCCCAAUGUGGUGAACUGCUACAUAUCCCGUCCCACAGAGAAAACCAUCUUCAUCAUUUUCAUGCUGGGAGUGGCCAGUGUGUCUCUGUUUCUCAACCUCAUAGAGAUCUACCACCUGGGCUUCACCAAGUGUCGCCAGGGCAUCACCUUCAGGAGAGGUGAGCAGUCCUCGGGGACCUACUCCAAGGAGCCCAGUGAGGCCGCGGUCCCCAUUGUUCCAAGUUAUGACGAGUACUUCCACGGGCAAGUCCAGCCUCCGUACGCCCCAGUGCCCAGUUACAACCUUUCACCUCUGUCUGAGGGCACAGACUCGUCCUUUCACCCCUAUCACAGCAAAACAGCCUACAAACAGAAUAAAGACAACUUGGCGGUAGAAAGGAGCAGCACCAGGCCUGAGGAAUCUGACCUGAAAGGAAAGAAGGGAGCAGGAUCUGCCCCCGGGUCACCUACGCAGGCCAGGCCCGGUCGCAAUGCCAAACACAGCAACAACAAGACUAGAAUAGACGAUCUGAAGAUAUGAGGAGGUUUAUGUUUCUCUGAGGGGUCUUAAGUUGCUGUGAAGGAUUAGAUGUUGUUUGGAGGCAUUCGCACGUCUGACUGACUCUCCUCUUUAAGAUGGCACAGGUUUGACUCAUUCCAGCUUAGAGAGGAGUGAGAUUUAUAGGGCACAUGAAGAAACUUGUACUGUAAUUUGUAAAGACUGAUGGUGUUCCUCAGAACAGUAUUUUCUACUUCUUCCUUACUGAAGAAUGUCCCGUAAUCGAUUGAAAUUUCCUUUUGCCCUUCUGAAAACUUAAUUAGAUUUCAUGGAACACCGUUCAUGGAAAGGUAAUAUAUUUUGGUUUUUAUGUGAAUGAAAUCUCAUCAAAGAGAAUCUAGCAAAAACAUCCACAAAGUCAGAAUGACAGAGGUGCGUUCAGGUUUUAAAUGGACUUUUUGUUCAUUCGUAACGUGUGAUGAAUAUGAAUGAAUGUGAAAAAUACAACUCCUUGUAAAAAGCUGCCCAAACUUUGAGAAUAAAAUCCAAGGCAGAGACUUUCUCUGCUCUGACCUGACCUCAUUUGAGGAAAUAAGAUAGGGCAAAUAGUUAAUUUUAACUUCCUUAACUGUUUUGAGGUCACCAACCAACAUAGUUCACUUGCUUAGACUUGAAAUGAAAUGUUGUGCAAUAACUUACAACAUAUUGGACACUGGAAAUAGUGUAACUAAUUCCAGGACGUGCCUCAAAAAGAAAUUGCACUGGUCUCAGGAGUUCACAGAUUUGUACUGUCUCUUUUUACUGCGCCAGAUAGCAAGUACAUAAUUAUAAGCACAUUGUUUUGUUUAUCAUUGUUUAUAUCCUGUUUGUGUCAUUUUUUUGUC